AGCUAACUAGCUAGCACUAUCAACACAUUUUGCUGCUAAUAGGGAUCACGUGACGUCACGAAUGACACGUGUAUUCAAGAUGGCGGCCGCGGCGAUGGAGACGUGGUUGGCCCUGCUGCUGUUGUCCAUGUUGCCUGGAGGGGUCCAGCCCUUUUACGUGCCUGGAGUUGCUCCUAUGAACUUCCACCAGAACAGUGCUGUAGAGAUUAAGGCUGUGAAGCUGACCAGCUCCCGGACUCAGCUUCCCUAUGAAUACUACUCCCUGCCCUUCUGUCAGCCUGAUAAAGUGGUCUACAAAGCAGAGAACCUGGGGGAGGUGUUACGCGGGGAUCGUAUUGUGAACACCCCCUACUCGGUACUCAUGACCCAGGACAGGAAGUGUAAGGUGGUUUGUGCCAAGCUGAAACUCAACGUGCAGCAGAGCAAGCUGGUGGCUGAGCGCAUCCAGGAAGAGUACUAUGUUCACCUCAUCGCAGACAACCUCCCAGUGGCCACGCGACUGGAGUUCUACCCCAACAAAGAGGCAGAGGAGGAGAAGGACGUGGUGAAGGAUGUUCAGUUUGAACACGGCUACAGACUGGGCUUCACUGAGAGCAGCAAGUUCUACCUUCACAACCACCUGUCUUUCAUCAUCUACUACCACAAGGAGAAGCUGGAGGAGGAGGAAGAGCACAACUACAGAGUUGUACGUUUUGAGGUGGUUCCCCAGAGUGUCAAGGUGGAGGACCUGAAGGCUGAUAAGGGGUUGUGUACCCUGCCUGAGGCCACUAACUCAGCUCCUCAGGAGAUUGACCCCUCCAAGGAGAAUGAGGUUCUCUUCACCUACUCUGUCCGCUGGGAGGAGAGCCAGGUGAAGUGGGCAUCUCGCUGGGACACCUACCUGACCAUGAGCGACGUGCAGAUCCACUGGUUCUCCAUCGUCAACUCAGUGGUGGUGGUCUUCUUCCUCUCUGGGAUCCUCAGUAUGAUCAUCAUCAGGACCCUGAGGAAGGACAUCGCCAACUACAACAGAGAGGAUGACAUAGAGGACACCAUGGAGGAGUCGGGCUGGAAGAAUGUCCAUGGUGACGUGUUCAGACCUCCACAGUAUCCCAUGAUCCUCAGCUCUCUGCUGGGCUCAGGCAUACAGCUCUUCUGCAUGAUUCUCAUCGUCAUCUUCGUGGCCAUGUUGGGGAUGCUGUCUCCUUCCAGUAGAGGGGCCCUGAUGACCACUUCCUGCUUUCUGUUCAUGUUCAUGGGUGUGUUCGGUGGGUACUUCGCUGGCAGACUCUACCGCACGCUGAAAGGUCAUCGGUGGAAGAAGGGUGCUUUCUGUACGGCCACUCUGUACCCGGCUGUGGUCUUCUCCAUCUGCUUCGUCCUCAACUGUUUCAUCUGGGGAGAGCACUCGUCUGGAGCUGUCCCCUUCACCACCAUGCUGGCUCUACUCUGCAUGUGGUUCGGUAUCUCCAUGCCGCUGGUCUACUUGGGCUACUACUUUGGCUUCCGCAAGCAGCCGUACGAUAACCCCGUCCGCACCAAUCAGAUCCCUCGCCAGGUGCCUGAGCAGCGCUGGUACAUGAACAAGUUUGUGGGAAUUCUGAUGGCUGGGAUUCUACCGUUUGGUGCCAUGUUCAUUGAACUCUUCUUCAUUUUCAGUGCCAUCUGGGAGAACCAGUUCUACUACCUGUUUGGUUUCCUCUUCCUGGUGUUCAUCAUCCUGGUGGUGUCCUGCUCCCAGAUUAGUAUCGUCAUGGUUUACUUCCAGCUCUGUGCGGAGGACUACCGGUGGUGGUGGAGGACCUUCCUGGUAUCAGGGGGCUCAGCCUUCUACGUUCUUGUUUACGCCAUUUUCUACUUUGUCAACAAGCUGGACAUCGUGGAGUUUAUUCCUUCCCUGUUGUACUUUGGAUACACGGCUCUCAUGGUCCUGUCCUUCUGGCUCCUUACAGGGACAAUCGGCUUUUACGCAGCGUACAUGUUCAUACGGAAGAUCUACGCUGCCGUCAAAAUCGACUGACAAACACUGACUUCUGUGUAUGGAAGGAAGGAAGCAUGAGGUGGGUUUUGUGGAACAGUGCCACCCACAGGCAUAGGGAGAGAACAGCAAGAGGACGCUGCCUGAUAGCUCGACGCUCCCCCCCCAUCCCUCCGUUAUUGGUGUCCACAGAGACAGAGUUCCUCUGGGACAGUCCAUGUUUAUCCUGUGGUUCACCUUGGACACAACAUGGGCCAAAGCAUGGCAAUUGAAUUGAGCCUCUGUGUGUUUUAGUGUCUGCUUUUUUUGGAAGUUGGACAGUCAAUGAAGUGCAUUGGUUCAGAACUUCACUUUGUUUUAAAAUCAGUUCUCUGUAAAGAUGUUUUAGUCUGACCUUUUGUCUCUUGUUUCUUUCUCGCUCUCUCUGUCUUUCGGUCUGUCUGUGUCUGUCGGUCUCUUUGUGUGUGUCUCUCUGUCUGUGUGUUAGUUAGUAAUGUUAGUUUAUUUGAGUUUAAUCUUUAUUCCAGAUGGUUGGGAGGUCACAUGGUGGUAAUGGCACUAAAAAUUAUUUUGUUUAGCUUGGAAAUGGAAAUCUAACAUUGGAACAAGGAUAUUACAAUAUUCUGUUUUUAUUGCGGUUUCCAUGUCCUGAUGUGACCAUUUCAACCACAACUAAAAAUCAGAAUCUAAAUGUUUUUCCUGGAGAGAAAAAAAAAUCUCUCACAUUGAGGUAACCGAUUGUGUAAAAGGAAAUUCUCCUCCGUGAUCAAUUAAUCUGAUGUUGCUAAGGGAAGUCGAGGCUUAAGGUGGUUGAAAUAUUAAAUGUCAUGGAACAAAAAAAAGUAACUGUUGAUGGAAAAGUAGUAUUUCUCAUCUUCAAAUCACCUUUUCUAGUUUAUGAGCUUUAGCCUUGUUUUAAAACGGUUGGACACCAUUACAUUACGAGUCAAUGUAAACAGCUCCAUGGUCUCACUGAACUAUGCAUUUUUUUUUUGGGGGGGGGGGGGGUUAGAUUGAUCUUUUGUUUUGAACACCUAGUUCAGUGAGAGACACCUGCUAUUCUAACUGAAGUUAUUGGUGUUGGUUAUCCCUGAGAAUCAAUGUCUCUACUAGGAUCGCCUUAGCAACACAGUUCUGUCAAUGAGCCUCUGAAUGGAGCACAGUUGUUUCCCAUAAACAACCUCUAAAUUAAGGACGGUUGUGUUUCCCAUAAACAACAGGCCCAAUCAGUGCUGUACAAGGUUGACAAUGUGUUUUAGAUUCAGUGGAUAGGAAUUGAGCUGGUCCUUCACUGGGUUUACUCUAUCUGGCUGUCUUUACACAAGUAGCCCACUUCUGAUAUUUUCCCCAAUUAUUGUCAAAAGAGCUGAUCUGAUUGGUCAAAAUACCAAUUAUUGGCAAAAGAGCUGAAUUGGUCUGCCUGUGUAAACACCGGCUCUGUUCCCCAGAGUUAGAGUUUCCCACUGGGUCUUCACACCGUCUUGUAGCUGGAGUUCCUCUGAAGGCUGAGACUGAAAUGCUGAACAUUCUGCCUGUUGAAACACUGGCCCGACACAACAGAUAGAAUGUUCCUUUUGGGGUGUUGGGGACUAAAAACAUUAAAGACCUUUCUAUCUUGGGUAUAUUUUACUCUAUGUCUCUGAUUACAUCGGCAGCCCAAUUCUUAAUUUUUGUUUUUUUUAUCUAAGAUGAUCUGAUUGGUCAAAAGAGAAGAAAAAUAUAUCAGAAUUGAGCCGCCUGUGUAAACGAAGGCUAUCAAACGUUAUUCUCAGUGCCAGUUUCCCAGGCCCAGAUUAAGCCAAGUCCUGCACCAAAAAUGAUGAUCCAUGGACCUUUUUAAGUCCAGGAAAAGGUUUAAAUAAAAUUGAGAGCUGAGCUUUCAGGAACAUAACCUUCAGGUCAACAUUAAUACCCCACUAGAUUCUUCACCUGUUUUUUUGUUGUUGAUUAAAGAGCAUAGACACAGUCUGGUAGAGGUGUGAUUUUCACACAGCAGAGGGUGUUGGGAUAGAACUGCAGUGGAAGAGAAAAGGAGGGAACUGGUGCAGAGAGGGAAAGGGAGGGAACCGGUGCAGAGAGGGAAAGGGAGGGAACCGGUGCUGAAAGGGAGGGAACCGGUGCUGAGAGGGAAUUACUCCAUUCUGGAUGACUGAUAAUACAGUGAACCACUGAAUGAAUCAUACCUCUCUGCCUCCUGUCUCCACUCUCCCUUAACAGCUUAUCUCUGCAUCUCUCUCACAUUCACCGCUACAUUAUCCCAUCAGCCAUCUCUCUAUCACAUUCACCGUUACAUUAUCCCAUCAGCCAUCUCUCACAUUCACCGCUACAUUAUCCCAUCAGCCAUCUCUCACAUUCACCGCUACAUUAUCCCAUCGGCCAUCUCUACCCUCUACAUUAUCCCAUCAGCCAUCUCUCUCACAUUCACUGCUACAUUAUCCCAUCGGCCAUCUCUACCCUCUACAUUAUCCCAUCAGCCAUCUCACAUUCACCGCUACAUUAUCCCAUCAGCCAUCUCUCACAUUCACCUCUACAUUAUCCCAUCGGCCAUCUCUCACAUUCACCGCUACAUUAUCCCAUCGGCCAUCUCUCACAUUCACCACUACAUUAUCCCAUCGGCCAUCUCUCACAUUCACCGCUACAUUAGCCCAUCGGCCCUCUCAUUCACCGCUGCAUUAUCCCAUCGGACAUCUCUCACAUUCACCGCUGCAUUAUCCCAUCGGACAUCUCUCACAUUCACCUCUGCAUUAUCCCACCGACCAUCUCUCACAUUCACCUCUGCAUUAUCCCAUCGGCCAUCUCUCUCACAUUCACCGCUACAUUAUCCCAUCGGCCAUCUCUCUCUCACAUUCACCGCUACAUUAUCCCAUCGGCCAUCUCUCUCUCACAUUCACCUCUACAUUAUCCCAUCAGCCAUUUCCUCCCCUCUGCCAGUGUCUGAAAGUGUUCCUGAUCCACAGACAUACUUCCUCACCUGGGCCCAAAAAACAACAUUUCAGGAGAGAAUUUCUACAGAUGUUCUUUUGAUUGACAUGAGCUGUGUAUGUGUGUGAAUGACAUUCUACUAUGUAUGUAAAUGCAAAGCGUAUUAUUGUUGUUUUUUUCUCCUGUUGUGGGGCUCUGACUGUAUGUAUAAAGAUCAUGUCAUUGUUUUAGCCAAAAGCAUGGUUUUUAAGAAACUUUAUUUUUCUUUUUUUCCACGUUUUCUUUACAGAAUGUCCAGUUAUAUAAUGUAUGAAACAAUUAAAGUGCUGAUUCGUUGGAAUUUGAA